AUGCAGGCGUCUCUCUUCCGGUUUAAAGCGGAUAUGGAGGAGCCGUGGGAGGAGCUCGGUGUGUGGACGCCAUCAACAAAAUGACAGUGGCUUCAAAUGUGAAAUUUGAACGGUUUUUUAUUUUUGUAAUGUGCUGAAUCGUAUCAGUGUAAGCGCCACUUCUACCGAUGGGUGGGAUUCAGACACAAGUCGGGAAUAGAGGCUGUAUUGUUCGCCGAAAGCCCAUCAUUAUAUACAAGUUAAUAUCAACGCUAGCAAUUUGUUUUUUUGAAGUAACGCACAGUAACUGACGUGAACGGUCACCCAAUUGAUAUGUGGAAACCAUCACUUUGUAGUUUGGAGGAAUCAGAUUAUUUCAUCUUCGAUCUGUACUUCAGGCAUUAGUUUCCUGGUCCAGUAACUACUUGUGGACAGAGUGAUGAACGUCAAAUACAACAACUUCGACACAAAAGGAGCCUUCAGCCAUGCUAGCAACUCUGUGAAUGUGAGGAAAGCACAUUUUCUAACAUGCUAUUCUUAAAAGAAGAAGCAGUUUUCAUGACUGUCUUGGACCGUGGUGAUGUCAGUUAUCUUCAACUCUCCAACUUUUCUACUCCAUCACUCUGAGGUUUAUAACAAACCACCCAGAGUUCUCCCUGACCAGCUCCCUAUGUCUGAAGACUCCAGCAGCGAUGAUGAUUGGUGUGCGCCCACACAAAGACAAUGUUGGGAAUGUGGCAAAAAAUUCAGCAACAUCACAACCUUGAUGUCACACUACAAAAGCCACGAUAUCCAAGCCACCUGCAACAUCUGCAACAUCACUUUCCGACGCCUGACAUCACUCUCCACGCACCUGGACAAUGUACAUUCGCCGCCCCUCUGCAGAAAGUGCCCUCAGGCCUUCAGUAAUGUGUGGGAGCUAAACAAGCAUGCGGAGACGCAUUGCGUGGUUCCAGCAUCAAUCCAAGGAGCCCCGUCUUUGAUUUCUGCGGUCAUACACCAGAGUCAGAACAGCGGCAACUUUUCCAAUCAGCUCACAGCACAACACGGUACAAACCUAGCACUGCGUAACUUGGCGUCAGAGUUGCGACCUCAACAAAGACUUGAGAUGAAGCCUGAGAGACCUGAGACAUCGGUAAACAGUGUGGAGUAUAUAGUGGGUGAAGAUGAUAAAGAUGUCAGCAUUGACAGUGAUUGCGACAGGGCAGAGGAUUCAACAAGCUCUGACUCUGAUGACGAAGAUAAGAUACGCUCUAAACCUGAUGAUCCAGAAUCAGACGGUGGCUCAAGUUCAACCGAUGAUUCCAGUGACUCUGCUAAUGAUACAAACUCUAGAAGCCGCGUUGUAGCCCUUCCUAUUGAUAACACCACAAUGUGUGCUUCAUGUGGUAAUGGGCCAUAUCGGUCUAUGAAGCUCCACUUGUUGCACUGUAGUGGUGUACGAGUGAAAUAUCAGUGUCCACGGUGUAAGAACCUCUUUAAAACCGAGGCGUCUCUUAAUGAACAUUACAUGCCGUUGUAUUCCUGCGAGGUCUGCGGGCAGGUUUUCUCUCACCAGAACUCGUUCCAGCAACACCCGUGUCCCAAAGUAAGCCGAUCAUCUUUGAACCUCUUUUGUUCAGAAUCCAUGCCACAUGCAUGCAACAUAUGCAAGUCUUUUUUCACCUGUGACAAAACUCUGUUCGACCACGUCACCAGGGUUCACACGUCAGUGGUCAGCACCAAGGUGUGCAUCAUCACCAAUCCAUCAAUGCUGACAGAUAAUAAGGUUUCACCAGGUGUCCAUGGCACAGCAGCCCAGUCUGCCAUCGGUAGUCCAAAUGUGAUAAACCAGGUCAUUAAUGGAAAGCUCAGUGUUGGCCAGAGCUAUGCAGGGCCACUGUCCGCUGUUGUGAAAUCCAGCCCUUCCUCUGUCUCGCCAUUCACUUCCCGCCGAGGCAGACCUCCUUCCUCAGUACGUAUGGCCGGCUCACUAGCUCAAACAAACAACCUGCCUGUCAGCAGUUUCUCUGCCCCUGCUGCCACUGAAACAACUCCAGCCACUGCAGCACCUGUCCCCCCCUCCCCACCAACGCCCACUAUUCUGGCCAUGUUUGAGAACGACAGCCAAGAUGUGGCUCUGAAGAAACGUAUGAACACAGGCUGGCGCUCCAAGGCCCCUCACCCUUGCAGGCAAUGUGGUGCCAUCUUGCGGCAGCCCUCCCUCAUCAUCAGCCACCGUUACCUCCACCGAGGCCGCCGCUUACACCAGUGCCAGUGCGGCCGAGCUUUCAAGCACCGGCUCCAUCUCCUGCGUCACUGCGUUCAGCAUGCGGAGGCCAUCAGCUACAUUUGCGUCAGCUGUGGGGAGACUUUCACAGGAGCAAAAGUCUUAGCCGAGCACAUAAAGGGCAAGUCGAGGAAAAAAUCCUGUCCUGGACGGAAACGGAAACAUAAAGUUAAGACAAAAUGCAAAAUGCCCUUUACUUGUGACUGUGGACAGCUCUUUUUUAGGCCGUCGGCUUACAUAUGGCACCAACUUCAAAACAGGACAAAAACAAAACGGUUGAAGAAGUCCUUGAAAUGACUAAGCACCAGCACAUCUCCUGGGUCACCCAUGGUUUGUGCACCGCACUUGGAAACAAGGCGUUCAAUCAAAAGGGAUGUUACACACGCGUCAUCUGAUUGUCACUGUUAUGUUUAAUAUGUGUAUUGCCAAUUGAGAAAAUCACACACACACACAAUCAUUUUUAAUGGCUUUUAAUUAUAAGUAUGUCCUGGAUGGUUGUUUACAUGAUUUCACCAUGUGCAAAUGAUACAUAGUAAACAGGGUUAAAACAAGUUCCUCAGAAGUUCUUUUGACAACUUACCAGAGUACAAAAUUAAUCCACAAGGAACUUUUUUUUUUUCAGUAUUGGAUUUAGUUAAAUCAUGUGAAAACUCCAGUUUAUCCUCCAGAGAAAGAGUCCAGUCCAGUUUUGCUAUUUUUUUUUCUCACAAAGUGCAUUCUUAACAGUGAGGUUUGUAUGGGAGCUUCUGAAUCCUCUUGUUUUUACUCCAGCUGAUUCAAAUGUUAUGUUCCUGUGAGAUACUGUAGCGUUCUGGGAAAUUCAGGUUGAAAAUAGCAUAUGACUUGUUUUUUUUUUUUGUUUUUUUUAAUGGUUGUUAUAUAAUCUUUAAAGUUUUAAUGUUAAGGGUCCUCAAGAUGUGAUAAUUGAAUUCCUUAUCCACCAGAUGGAGCUGUUGGGUUGCUAAAACAUGAGCUUACAAGGAAAGGUAUACUCGCUGUUCUCAGAACAGGUGUAAACUGAUGAGUAUGACCCUAUAAGUGGACAUUCAUCUAUGAGUUUCAGUUGACAUCCCUUAAAAUCCCACAGACUUCAACUUUGAAAUAAAGGUUUCAUCCAGCAAUA